CCGACCUGCCAUAGAGACAGAGCGCAGCGCAGCGCUCUCAGCCGGGCUGCGUGCGGAGGGGGGCGGAGCCGCGGUAACACUAUGGAGCUCGAGCCGCGGCCCGGGGCCGCCACCGCGGCCCUGACCCAGCCCCCGGAGCAGGAGAGGAAGCUGGAGCAGGAGAAGCUCUCCGGGGUGGUGAAGAGCGUCCACCGCCGGCUGCGCAGGAAGUACCGGGAAGUGGGUGACUUUGACAAGAUCUGGCGUGAACACUGUGAGGAUGAGGAAACUCUUUGUGAAUAUGCUGUGGCAAUGAAAAAUCUUGCAGAUAAUCACUGGACAAAAUCUUGUGAAGGGGAAGGUCGAAUUGAAUGGUGUAGCAGUGUGUGCCGAGAAUAUUUUCAAAAUGGCGGAAAGAGAAAAGCACUUGAAAAAGAUGAGAAAAGAGCAGUUGUUGCAUCUAAGACCACUUCAGCCUUAAAUGUUCUCCAGACUCCUAAAAUUGAAGAACCCUUACCCAACUUCAGCUUUACAAAUCAUGAAACUAUAUCAGAGGAGUUACUUCCCCCCUCAGGAAAAAUUAGAUUACUUGAUGUUGGCAGCUGCUUUAAUCCAUUUCUGAAGUUUGAAGAAUUCUUGACUGUCGGCAUAGACAUUGUCCCAGCUGUUGAGAGUGUAUACAAAUGUGACUUUUUAAACCUUCAAAUUCAGCAACCUCUCCAGCUUGCGCAAGAUGCUAUAGAUGCCUUUCUUAAACAGCUGAAAAAUCCCAUUGAUUCUCUACCUGGAGAACUCUUCCAUGUCGUGGUUUUCUCACUUCUCCUUUCUUACUUUCCAUCACCUUAUCAACGAUGGAUAUGCUGCAAGAAGGCCCAUGAACUUCUGGUGCUGAAUGGCUUGUUGCUUAUAAUCACUCCUGACUCUUCCCACCAGAAUCGCCAUGCUAUGAUGAUGAAAAGCUGGAAAAUUGCCAUAGAAUCCCUGGGCUUUAAGCGUUUCAAGUAUUCAAAGUUUUCUCACAUGCACCUGAUGGCAUUUAGGAAAAUCUCCCUGAAAACUAAAAGUGACUUAGUUAGCAGGAACUACCCAGGGAUGCUGUAUAUUCCACAGGAUUUCAACAGUGUAGAAGAUGAGGAAUAUUCUAACACUUCCUGCUACGUCCGAUCAGAUAUUGAAGACGAACAGCUAGCUUACAGCUUCAUGGAGCUUCCUGAUGCCCCUUACGAUUCAGACUCUGGAGAAAGCCAGGCUAGCUCAGUCCCUUUCUAUGAGCUAGAAGAUCCUAUAUUACUUUCAAGUUAAUGUAAUAGUUAAAAUGCCCUUUAAGUCCAAACUUCUUUAUUGCUUAACAAAUUUUGCUAUACUAACAUGGGCUUGUUACAUAAAAAUGGUUUGCAUAGAGAAAAUGCAAAGGUUUACAGAGUUUGCUAUUUUUUUCUACUUCUGAAUUUUAAAAUUUAUUCUUGUACAAAAAGUGAAGAAUACACAUUUUAUGCAAAAUGACUCGUGUCAUAGCAUAAAUUGCUGUUACUUUCUUUAGGACUUUUCAGAAAGGUACCAUUCUUUUCUUCAGUGCUGUGAAGUGUGAAUUCUACUUAAUUUUGCUAAAUGUCUUGUUUCAAUAUUUUUAAUUCUUAAUAUAGUUGAGCUUAUAACACUGGAGUUGGUGGAUUUCUGAGAAGUAAUUUGCACUUUGAUAGUAAAUGUGCAAGUGAGUUUGGAGUAAGCUGAUUGGUGGUUAAACUUGUCCAUUUUUUUUAUUGAACAAAGCUUGUUCUGUGCCGCAGAAUGCGGUUUCGUUCUGGAUAAGCUUGGGCUGAAGAAACUUAGAAAGAUCAACAAGGUCUUUAUUUCAGUUAAUUGAGGUAAUGCGAAAAUACUGUAUUGGGGCAUACUUUCCCAUCUCUAUACACAUGUAAAACCUCACUGGCAUAACAGAAGUUAGAUGUGUGGUGAUGAGAGACUAGCCCUGACAAAUUAUAUAGUUUGAUAGGUUUAGAUACCUAUUUUUACUUCAAAGCUGGAAAGUGUUUGGAGUUUUUUAUGAUUAUAGUAGCACUAACAUAUCAGUAUUGCCCACAUUGGAUAGUUUUCUGAAUUCUCCUGAAAUCCUAUUUUGCAUACAGUUUUAAAGCAAAAUACUUAUGGGUGGGGAAAAAUGCUAAGAUUAAGUAUUCUUUUAUAACUGUAGAUAUUAAUUUCAGAAUUUCCACACGGUAACUCUAGUAGGCCAAUUUUGUAAGUACUACGACCCAAUUCUACACAUUUAAGGAUGUGUAUACAUGUAAGUGAGUAACCUCACUGACCACUCUCAUAAGUGAGGUUAAGGGCACCCUUAAGUGUUUGCAAGAUUUGGGCCCCAUUCUAGAUAAGGCAUUUGGCUGGACACUCUUCCCGUGACUUUCUAAGAAUUGCUCUGCAGUUUGAUACAGACAAAAUCUGAUCUGUACACAUUCUGAAAUAUUUUGUUUAAAUGUGUAUAGUAAACCUAUAUCCUUCUGCAGACAAAUUUCUGUACUUAUGUAGAAACAGUGGUGGUUAUUUUUUGUGGGCUUUUUUAAAUACUUUUGCUCUCCAUUUAAAAAGAAUUGCCAAAAAUGUCAAACUUUGGGUACCUGAAGUUAAUCUUAAAUUCUUCUACCUAACUAGAAGUAGCUUGAAUUAGGUUCCUAAGUGUGAGUUUUAAGACCCUAACUUUAGAGUAGGCUUGAAAAUUUUUAUCCAGUGUUAUCAAUGUAGUUUCACAAAUGAUAAAAAUGUCUUUAGGCAAUAUAAAAUUAAUCUUGUAUUCAUCAGUCAGAAAUUACCAAUUGCCAUUUCUAGUGUGAAUUUUUAGGUGGUUAUUUUUUUGUUUUGUUUUUAAAACACUUCCAUGGACGUUUUGCACUGAAGUUUCACAAUUUCCAACUUCUUGAUUGUUUUUUCUUCGUAUUCUGUAUUUUCUUGGCAAUUGGUCCUACUUACACUAAAAAUUUCACGAACUGUAUUAAGUUGCUUUAUUCUUCAACAUAAGCUUUUUGUACAUCUUGCACAUCACAGAUUAAAAGAAUUCCCUAUCAUCCAAACUUGAUUGCUCUAGUUAACGAUGAAUGGCACAGUUUAUUUAUAAACAAAACAAGAAUUAUUAUAUUUAAAAAUGUAAACAUUUUAAAACUAGAUGGAAGUGUUAAAUUAGAACUCAUGCAAAAUUAAGAGAAUAUUAAAAAUUUAACAGAAAGCCACUGAUCUAAAUGAAAUCCACCAUGUAUUUUGAAUUAAGUUAAAUACAGCUUGAUGUUCACAUGUAAUGCUUAAAAUUUCAUUUUUUUGCAAAACUAAGAUGCUUGGAAUCAAGACUGCAUUCUUCUCAGUUGAGCACUGCUGGAGUCAGUGGUUAUGUUAAAGCUAAAUGUUGGUGCUAUAAAUUCUCAGUUGUUUACAGAAAUUACUGAUUAUGCUUAUACUCCAAAGUGUGCAUGAGCUAUUUUAAUUGGUACUCCUUUUAAGAAACAAA